UCACGCCUGACCUCCCCUACCCCGGGCUCCUUCCCUGCAACUCUUUAAGUCCGAGUGAAAGGAAAGAAAGGGGGGGGGGAAAGAGACGGUCGAUCCGCCCGUCCGCCUCCUCCUCCUCCGCCGCCGCCCCCCCUCCCUGCCUCAACCAGCCCCCCCUCUCCGAACCGGGCAGGGAGAGGAUCUUUUAAAACGGCUUUUUUUCCGAGGAGAAGGGAGAAAGCUGACGGAAGACGCUCCGGCGGUGGAUGAUCCCUGGGCUGCCGUUGCCUCUUUCUCCCCUUCCGCCGCGCCUUCCUGGGAAGGAGGAUGCGAGGACCCCGCGGGGCACGGGCAACAGGAGAGCAACCCUGGGAGCAUUCUAGAUAACCAAAGGACAACAGGGGAAUUGAAAGGAGACUUUUUCCUCCCUCCAUGAGGAGCAAAGUCCUUUCUUCUGCAAACUCUUGAACACAAAAUCUUCUCUCCAUGGAUAAAGGACACAUAUUACCUCAAGACUUCUGGGAGUUGCUUCACUGCCUCAGGAUGAAGACCAAGUAUGCUGUCUUCCUGGUCUUUGUGGUAGCCCUUGUCAUAAUUGAGAAGGAGAACAACAUCAUAUCAAGGGUGUCAGACAAACUAAAGCAGUCUCCACAGUCCUCGAUGGAAGCUAAUAGCACAGACCCUGGCUUAGUGCUGACAGAAAAUGGUUCCCUCUUAUCCUUCAAUGAGCUGGAUUUGGCUUUUUCCCAGCUCAAAAGCCAUCUUCAGAAUGUCACUUCGCAGCUUGGAGAGACGAGAGGACCUUUGCCAAGACCCGUUAAAGGGACCCGGAAACAUGUUCUCUUAAUGGCUACGACUCGCACUGGUUCUUCCUUCGUAGGGGAGUUCUUCAACCAACAUGGCAGUAUCUUCUACCUCUUUGAGCCACUGUGGCACAUUGAAAGGACUGUCUCCUUUGAGCCUGGAGGUGCUAAUGCUGUGGGGUCAGCCCUUGUCUACAGGGAUGUUUUGAAGCAACUUUUCCUCUGUGACCUAUAUAUUUUGGAGAACUUCAUAAUUCCAUUCCCUGAGGAUCACCUGACUCCCUUUAUGUUCCGCCGUGGUUCAAGCCGCUCUCUGUGUGAAGAGCCUGUCUGCACCCCUUUUGUCAAGAAAGUAUUUGAGAAGUACCACUGCAAGAAUCGCCGCUGUGGCCCCCUAAAUGUAACUCUGGCUGCAGAGGCCUGCCUGCACAAGGAACACAUGGCACUGAAGGCAGUGCGGAUUCGGCAGCUGGAGUUCUUGCGCCCUCUUGUUGAAGACCCUCGCCUGGACAUGAGGAUCAUUCAGUUAGUACGGGACCCUCGGGCAGUGCUGGCUUCUCGCAUGGUUGCUUUCUCAGGUAAGUAUGAAACCUGGAAGAAAUGGGCUUCUGAAGGCGCAGCAACCCUUAAUGAGGAAGAGGUACAGAGGCUGCGAGGAAACUGUGAGAACAUCCGGCUCUCAGCUGAACUUGGUCUGAAGCAGCCAGCAUGGUUGCGGGGUCGCUACAUGUUGGUCCGGUAUGAGGACAUUGCCAGGUCACCUCUCCAAAAGGCCAAGGAGAUGUACAGAUUCACUGGCAUCACCAUCACCCCACAGGUUGAAGACUGGAUCCGGAAGAACACUCAGGCACCUCAGGAUAGCAAUGGUAUCUACUCCACUCAGAAAAACUCUUCUGAACAGUUUGAGAAAUGGCGGUUCAGUAUCCCCUUCAAACUUGCCCAGGUGGUACAGGAUGUCUGCAGUCCCGCCAUGAACCUGUUUGGCUACAAGUUGGCCAACAGUGCUGAGACACUUACAAACAGAUCUUUUAGCUUGCUAGAAGAGAGGAGGACCUUCUGGGUCACGUAAAGGUGGAGUUGGGGUUGGUGGGGUUUUUUUUUUAAUUGUAGCAUUUUGUGGAACUGAACAAAAGACAGAACACCAGAAAUUGCUGGAGAAGGAACACAUAGCAGAAUAAGUUGAUGGAGAAGCUAACCAUGGCUAGCUUGCCUCACACAUCUGCUCUUUCUGUGCUCUUCUUGGUUUACACAAGGUGCGUUCUGCGUUGCUGACACAUUUGAGGCUUCUUGAUGGAUUAUAAGGUGGCCCAAUGUUGACAUGAAGAAGACUUCAGAAGUUGGCACAGUGUAGAGUGUGAAUACUGGUUUCUAAUUUCUCUACCUCAUGUCAACAUCCUCCUUGCUGGAGGCACAGUCCAUUCAUGAAAAAAAUGUCCAAAGAGAAAGAAUUGUAUAUUUUUCAAGAUACUUUUUACCUUUUAAAAAAUGCUGUUUCAUCCUGCUGAGAAGAUGUUAUGAAAGCAGAGUAUUGCACUGAAAUUGCCUAAGGCAGCCUUAAAAAAAACUUAUCACAGUGAUAUCUGGGAAAGGUGUGGAGAAAUGGAGAAGGAGGAGGAAGAAAAGCUCUUUAACAGAACUGCCACAAAGGAAUCUGACUGCUUUGUCAUUUAGAAAUAGGACACUUUGUAUAUGUUGUACUUCAGAUCCUCAGAUGAAUUUAUGCCUUGUUUCAGUGAGAGAAGAUGUGACUGGUUCACAUAAAUCUCCAGAAAGGAAAUACAUGGACCGAAGCCAAAGGUGGUGACUCUACCUACAGUAAUUAGGGUAUUUCAGGCUACACCACAAACAGUUUCAUGCAAUUACUGUGUUUUGUUUUGCUUUGCACCUAAGCCUUUGAAUGAGUGUCUUUUUAAAAAAAACAAUCUAUGAAAACAAUCUUCAAGAGGAUGGUAUAGUAUUAAUCCUGUAUCCCUAGAGAUCAACUUUCCUCAGUGCCAUCUUACUAGUAGUUAGACAGUCUCCCUCCCUCCCUACCACUCACCCCCCCCCUCUUUUUUAACUUUGCUGUCCAGCUUUCUCACUUGUCUCUGAAUCAAUUGUUACUGAAUCUCAUCCAGUGUCUGGAGGCAGUUAAGAGAUAAUAGCUGCUUUCUCAUCCACUGAUAGAAGGCUGUGAUUUUUAAUUGUAUUCUCCUACCCCCACCAAUACCCGAUAAUUGUUUUUGUGUUCUCCAAAGUGCUGGUUGGAAACUGCCAAUAAUUCUUCUCUGAAAUUUGAGAGGGGAAUUGUUCUGUAUAGACCAAGCUGUUGAAGCACAAAGAGGAAGAAAUGAAAGGCCAGUGUAGGCAAAUAAAUGAAGCUAGUAUUCAAUGGAAAUGGUGUCUGCAACAGCAACUAUGGUUUUUUGAUCACAGAAUCCAUCUUAUACAUUUCUGGUUGAAGAGUUUGGAGGGGCAGGGUGGAUUUUAUUUAAUUUUUUUUUGCUUCAAGGACCUGCAAUCCAGAAGCAAACACCUAAUGAAUCUUUAGCACACCUCUGGCACUGCUGUUCAUCCGAAGCACUCAUUAACGUACUUACACUGCCUGGAAUGUGUGGUGCAGACUGAGAUUUGGAAUUACAUCCCAUAUGAAUGAAUGCCAGAAGAGAAGCUAGCUGCCUUAGUCUAUGAUUCAAGAAACAAAGAAGAGUCUUAUGGCACCUUAAAUAUAAAAAUAUAUAUAAUGGCAUAGGUUUUCUUCAGGCAAGUAGGCUGAGAGGGGUACAGAGAAGAAAGUUUGCUAACAUUAGGCCAUGGUAUACAAAUGGUACCACAAAGUCUCUCAUUUCUGUGCAGAGCCAAAUAUAUAAAGCACAAUCCAUUAAUAGCAGCAGUCCCUGGUGACAUCUUGCACAGCUCAUUUAACACCUAAAAAGGGACAAUUUCUUCAGGUGUUGGGAAGGAUUACCCCCCAUUUUAAUGGACUAAGUUACAUGUGUAGAAUCAUGCAUUAUUUUAAGAGGGACACUAGAAGCUUCAUCUGGCUUUGCUUGUCUUUUUGGGGAAAAAAAUCAUUCCGACAGAAGCUGUUAACAGUUAGGGCUUAUAAAGCCAUUUUUACAGGGUAGGGAGGGGGCAGAUGUGGUGAACGAGAGACCACAUUUAUUUAAAGCCACUCAAAACAAUGGAGAAUAGCACACAACAUGUUCCUGUUUCCUGCCAUAUAGUGAGUAAUUGGGAACUGAAAAUAAUACAUUACACACCAGUGGCCGGAAGGAAUGUGUUAUCCACUAUGUCAGAUGUGUUAUGUAUACCCAAAAACACUUGGUUCAUCUUUUAAACAAAAAUUUAUGUGAUGGUGUAAAUAAAAACAGUCUGUUCCUGAAUUUAAAAAAAAGUGGUUAAGUUGCUUCUGGGAUGCAGUUAACUUUCCAAAGUGCCAUUCAAAGUUAUAAGACACUAAGGCUCAAGCAAUAUGAUAUCUGCUUACCAAGGGGUAGGCUCCAUCAAACUGAGCAAGACAUGCUGCUGAAUAAUACAUGCAUGUGUGUGAGAGAGUUUGUGCUAUAAACUAGAUUUCCUGCAGAAAACAGGGAGGGUCUAGAUUGAGUGUGAUCAGGUAUGGGCAAAGUGUAGCCCUCUGAAUGUUGGACUGCAACUCCUAUUAUCCCUCUCCAUCAUCGAUGCUGGCUAGGGCUGAUGGGAGUUGUAAUCACAUCUAGUGGAUUGCAUUUUGUCCAUCCUGGUUCAUACGGUUGCCUCAACUAAUAUUCACCUAUUUGUUACUAUUGGCUCUAGAAAUGAUUUAACUGUUUAACAUUUAAAGAUUAUUGUAUGUACAGUAGAGCAGCACAAAUAACUCUUCCUUUUAUUAUCUGCCAUAGAAUCAGUCUGGAUAUUUGCUUGAAUGGUAAGUGAUUACUGUUCUUCCCAGGUUCACAUGUUUAAGUGAUCAAGUAUUUAGGACAGUUACCAAGUGAUUCAUACAGUGUAUGAACUCAUCCUUAACAAUUCAGGAAAACAUUUCAAUAAAUCUGUUUAUCCAUUGCUUUCCCUGAAAGGGGGGUGGGGGAAACACCCACUGAAGUUUGGUUCUCCACUGCACAGGAGAUUUGAGCAUUAGUUCUUUGUACCUGUGGGUGUUAAAACAGCAUACUUAAAAAAUAAUAGAAGUGACUCUAGACUGGGGGGAAAAGUUAAGUCAAUGGUGAUGUAUCACCAGAAACAACAACAACAACUUGUGGGUCUUCGCUGUAAAAACAUGUUCAUGCUGCAUUUGUCUUGCUAUCCCAAAUUGUAAGACUUGUUGAAUGCUACAGUAUUCCAGUCACCUGAAGUUCCCAUUCAUAAUUGUCUGGAGAAAUGUGAGAGUCAAGCUGUGGUUCUCUAUCUCCACCACUCCCUGUCUGCAACUUAAGUGCACAUCACAAAGAUUAUUGCUGUGAUCCUGUUCAAUGCUAGGGACAUAACACCGCCCCUUGACCAAACAGUGUUCAUCUGAUUUAACUAUGCAGUUCUUUUUCUCUGCCCUGACGUGCCUGCAGGGGCAAAAUGAUGGGAGAUGAAGUCCUGUUUUCUGUUCUGGAAGGAGUUUUAAAAAUCACUAAUGUCAGGGUUGGGGUAGUUCUCCCCACCCUGUUCUGGAAGCAGAUAGGAGAAAAGGAAUAACUUUGGAUCAUGUAGGUUCACCCAAUGUGGCUUCUUUUUUGCCUUCUGGAUUGUCAGAGGAGGCUUAGAAUGUUUGGUUUCUCACUCAGUUCCACAAGCAGGGCAAUUUGGAAACUCCUACAACUUCUCGGGUAAAUUACCAGAUUUCACAGAAUUGCAACAUGUCAUGGUUUUAAACAGAUUGAACCUUGGUUGAAAACCAGGUGCAUUGUGUGUGAUGUUACCUAUGGGAAGCUGGCGUGCAGCAGGUUCUAAACUUGGGUGCAUAUGACAAAACAAACACAAGUUACAGACUCUACACUUGAUGGUGUGCUUUGCAUUCUUCUGCCUACAUUAGGGGAAGGGGACUUGAAAUCUACCAGAUGUUGGACUCGCACUCAUAUCAGCUCUGUCGGACUGUAGUGAGAGAUGGCAACUACAAUUCAACAACAUCUGGAGGACCCCAAACUGCCCUCCCCUGUCCCCUACAUGGUGACCUGUAUUAAUAUUAGUUUUGAGUAAUAAAGUGUUUCAUAUAGAAAGCCAUCUGACCCAUCUCUUAUAUGUCACUCCGAAGAGAGAUGAGACCAACAUUGCCCAUUCCAAAGGCAUUAAUUAGUGCUAAGUAAUUACAUGGGAGUCUUUGUGUCCAUGAAAAGAUUUACAGAAGAGCUUUGCUUCUGAAACAAGAUGUACAGAACAGAUUAGCACUCCAAUUUGUAGAUAACUGCCUUCACUCCAAACAUAAAUUAUUCUUUCUGGCUCAUGAAACAUUUCAGUCAACACUGAGUUUACUAUGUGACAAUGUAUUGCAUCUGCUGUUUAGGUUUGUUUGUGCUUUUCUAUUCUGUUUUCAGAAUUUCUCUGUUCUUUUCUAAAGUUAUGCACAACAGCUGUGGCCUUUUAUAAGUGGGGCCACUACGUCUUGACAUCUCCACAUUCUUCUUGUUUUUGAAAGUUUCUGUUUUAAUUUUUUUUUUAAGUUGUAAACUGUGCAGAGAGUUUAUUUAUUGUAUGAAAACAGAUGAAAAUACUUUAUUAGAACGUUCAGCACUGCACAAGAAGAAAUAAAAACAGAAUGUUUCCCAAGAAACAGAGAAAGAAAUACAAUUAAAUUAAG